AUGGUUUGCUGAUAAGCUAACUGAUUAGGUUCGGUAAGUUAUAUACAUUUAGUUGGUCUAGGAUGUAAGUAUUAGUUUUAUAUUCCUAAAGCCCGGCUGUAGUCUAUUUUAACCAGGAAAAAUUCAAGAAUCUAUAAUUUAACAAAAUGUCUUUGGAACAGAGAUUCAACAAAUCAGCAGAGGAUAUAAAAGCGUUGACGGCCAGACCCACUGAUGAUGAAUUGAAAGAAAUUUAUGCCUUAUUUAAACAGGCUACUGUUGGAGACAUUAAUGUUGCACGACCCGGUAUGCUGGAUUUUAAAGGCAAAGCUAAAUGGGACGCUUGGAAUUCUAAGAAAGGCAUGUCUUCCGAUGCUGCCAAAGAAGCUUAUAUUUCAAAAGCAGCCGAGUUGCUUGCCAAGUACAAAUAAAAUUGUUAGAAAUGCCUAGUGUGAAAUGAGGUUGAAUAAAUUGUUAUUCCUUUGA